AUGCUCUCAGACCUGAAUAUCAAAAGUCGCCGUGGUCGGGACGCGCUGCGCCAGCGACGCAGUUGCGCUCUCAAGCCCAGCGCGCCCCCGCCCGCCCACCGCCCGCUCCGCGCCCGCCCGCAGGCCAUCAAGGCGCGGGGAAAGUGGGCUCUGCUGCGCGUCCCGUCCGACGAGCGCGCGUCCAUCAAGAAGGCGCUCGACCUCGGCCCAGACGCCCUCAUCGUCCCGCUCAUCUCCACCGUCGACGCGGCCGACGCGCUCGUCGCGUCCGUGCGCUACCCGCACGACCUGGGCGCGCGCGGCGUCGCGUACCCGCUCAUUCGCGCGUCAGGAUGGGGCACGGACCCCAAGUACCUAUCUGAGUAUCGGGAACGGACUCUCCUGUUGCCGCAGAUCGAGGACCAGUGCGGCGUGCAAAACGCCAACGAGAUCCUCGGCGUCGACGGCAUCGACGGCGUCUUCAUCGGCCCGCUCGACCUCAGCAGCAGUCUCGGGCUGCCCGGCGACCUGGCCAACCAGCGGGUCCAGGACGCCAUCGCCGCGCUAGAACAGUCAGCGAAAGAUUGCAACAAGCUCCUCUGCGGGUACGCGCCCCCGCAGAGCCCCGCCGGCGGCGCCGCCAAGCCUGGAUACGCGAUGGUGGCGUGCGCCGCGGACAUGGCGCUGCUCCGCGACGCCGCCGUGGCAAACGCACGCGCGGCCCACGCAGCUCGUGGAGACUAG